CAACUUGUGUAGCAUUUGUGAAGAGAAGCCUAAUCUUCUGCUCUGAUCACCUGGAGUCAUGUUAUCAUUUCAUUGGUCUUAGAAGGAAGCACUAAAAACAUCUGGGUGUUGAGGACAAAAAGAGAUUCAUUUCAUCACCUUUGUUCUUAUUCUAAAAUAGAUGUACUGGACCCACCAGAUGUGCAUAAGGACACAAAGACUGAAGAAGUCCUGAAGAUUGAUGGAGGGCCAUGCUAUUCAAACAGCAGGCGUUGCUGAGACAGAAGCUCUUUGUGCUAGGCAGCCUUGCUAUUGGAAGUCUCCUAUAUCUAGUUGCCAGAGUUGGGAGCUUGGAUAGACUGCAACCCAUAUGUCCCAUUGAUGGUCGAUUUGGACCCCAUGGCCAAGAUGAAAUCCCACUCCGAGCGCUGCAGUUCAAGCGUGGGCUGCUGCACGAGUUCCGUAAAGGCAAUGCCACGAAGGAGCAAAUACGCCUUCACAAUUUGGUGCAGCAGCUUCCCAAGGCCAUUAUAAUUGGGGUGAGGAAAGGAGGUACCCGAGCACUGCUUGAGAUGCUGAACCUCCAUCCUGCAGUUGUCAAAGCUUCUCAAGAAAUUCACUUCUUUGACAAUGAUGAAAACUAUGCCAAGGGGAUUGAGUGGUACAGGAAAAAAAUGCCUUUUUCUUACCCUCAUCAAAUAACAAUUGAGAAAAGCCCUGCAUAUUUUAUCACAGAAGAGGUACCUGAAAGGAUUUAUAAAAUGAACUCAUCCAUCAAAUUACUGAUCAUUGUCAGGGAACCUACAACAAGAGCUAUUUCUGAUUACACUCAGGUGCUGGAAGGGAAGGAAAGGAAGAAUAAAACCUACUACAAAUUUGAGAAGCUGGCUAUUGAUCCUACUACCUGUGAAGUGAACACUAAGUAUAAGGCAGUAAGAACCAGCAUCUACACAAAACAUCUGGAGAGAUGGUUAAAAUACUUUCCUAUCGAGCAGUUUCAUAUUGUAGACGGAGAUCGGCUCAUUACAGAACCACUGCCAGAACUCCAGCUGGUGGAGAAGUUCCUAAAUCUUCCUCCAAGGAUAAGUCAAUACAAUUUAUACUUCAAUGCCACCAGAGGGUUUUACUGCUUGCGAUUUAACAUUGUCUUUAACAAGUGCCUGGCGGGUAGCAAGGGACGCAUACAUCCAGAGGUGGAUCCCUCUGUCAUUACCAAAUUGCGCAAGUUCUUUCAUCCUUUUAAUCAAAAAUUUUACCAGAUCACUGGGAGGACAUUUAACUGGCCCUGAACUAAAUUUCAUACAACACUAUGUGUUGCACCCGGAGACAGGCAAUGAUGUCUCUCCUAGAAUAAAAAAAUAUGCACUUUUCAUAGACAUAGCUAUCCAAGUAACUUUUUUCAUGCAUACUUGUACAUAUGCAGUGUGUGACCAAAUAUAAGGUGGGAUCAGUUUUUCUACAGAGUAGUAACUAAUGUAAAUCUACUCUCUACAGAGUUGCAUCAUUUUAAGCUAUACAGGUAAAGGGAAAGCGAGUACUGGGGGGAAUAAAUUCACAUGCGACUAAAAGGGUCAGUGUUCCUCUUGCUCGAUAUAGUUGAUUAUGUGACACACUGAUCAACCCAGGCAGUGUGUCAGUUUAAAGCAUACAAAUUCACGUGAGAUUCUUAGAAGUUGUGAGGAUAUAUCAGAAGGUGCCAUAUUCAGGCCACAGGAGGGAUGCACAAUGCGAAAGGAAUGCUGACACUUUAAAUAAAAUGCUGAAUUGUUACAAUGAAACUGGAUAAUACUAUUUUCUUAUUAUUUGAAAGGAAUAUCUUAUCUCAUGCAAACAACAUUGUUUCAGAGUUCCCGUGGUGAGUUUGCACUAUUGUUUUAUUGUAUGGACCACAGUGUCACUUGUAGCAUGUCAAUCAUGUGUCCAAAAAAGUCAAAUACUUUUUUCUUCUAUACUUGUGUGUCAACAAAGAGAAACAUCAUGUAUAUAGUGUAUAUUGUUUGUAAAUACUGGUUUCACACUAAGUAAUUCUAUUUUGUAAACUGAAUAUGGCUAUUUAAUUUAUUGUGAAAAUUAAAUUUAUUGUGUUAUUUAAAAAUGGAAUGAAUUAAAAUUACUAU